GUCGACAAAUUGGGCGAGACCUCAUGGACUCGGAGCCUCGGAGUGUCGGAGGGUUUGUGUCUAAACUCCCGAAGAUAACUCUCCGCACCUGCGGUGCUAUACCUGCAGUAGCAUGGCAUGUUGAUGCGAGCUUCUUGUCUCCUACGGUCAUUCCUUGUGGAGACUGAGAAUACUGCCAUCUCUUAACAAAGCCGCAGCUUCACAUCCACGACCAGAUGCAGGCGCUGUGUACGUGAGUACAGAUUAUACAUUUCCACACACAAACACACAUCGAUAGGGGAGGAGAGAAGAAAAAAAGAAAUCCAACACCGCCAGAAUGUCUACAGCCACGGCUACGGCCAUCGUCCUCCUUCUGUUAGCUUUACUCUACCUGGGCUAUUGGACAGCCUUACCGAGUCCGCUUCCCGACAUCCCAUACAAUGCGGCCUCCAGCCACAGACUCUUGGGAGAUAUCCCAGACAUGAUGAAAGAGGUCACCAAGACGGGCGAUAUCGUGUCUUGGCUGCGCGACCAGAACCUCAAGUCGAAGUCGGUCAUCAGCCAGAUCUUCAUCCGGCCGAUGGGCAAACCCAUCCUACUAGUCAGCGACUACGAGGAAGCCCGAGACGUGAUGGUCAACCGCAUCAAGGACUUUGACCGCACCAGCCUAACGGCAGAGACAUUCGGCGGGCUGCUCAACCGGCAGCAGUUCACGCUCAAGACCGGCCCAGAGUGGAAAUUCCACCGCCGCCUCGUCCAGGACACCAUGACGCCAGCCUUCCUCAGCAAAGUGGCCGCCCCCAGCAUCUACGCCAGCAGCCGACGCUUCGUGGAGCUCUGGAGCGUCAAGGAGAGGCUGGCGGCCGGCCGGCCAUUCUCUGCCACCGAGGAUAUCUUCUACUCGGCCUUAGACGCCGUCCUAGCCUUUUCCUUCGGGCCCACAUUCCCGCAAAACGCCACGGACCCGCAGACAAACCGGCUCAAGGACCUGCUGGCGAGCGAACUCCGUUCGGAUGAAGACGCGGCAGACGCAGACGAGGCGGUGCACUUCCCGCACGCGAAAAUCGACGAGGCUAUCGAGUCGAUGCUCGAGCUAGGCGACGCCAUGGAGCAGGUCAAGAGCGCACCGUCGCCGCGCAUGAAGUGGUGGUACGUCAAGGCGACGCCGACAUUCAAGCGCUGGGCCCGCAUCAAGGACGCCUGUAUCCGGCGGGAGAUUGAAAAGGCCGUCGAGGCACGCGGGCAGCACCAGCGGUCCAGCGAGGGUCUCGCGUGGGAGCGAUCCGCGGUUGACCGCAUCGUGGACAAGGAGGAAAGCCAGGCGCGGAGGGAAGGGCGGAAGCCCGAUUUCUUCUCGGCGGCGGUCAUGGAGGAGGUGUUUGGGUUUAUCGUCGCGGGUCAUGACACUAUGAGCACGACGCUGUGCUGGGGCGUCAAGCUGCUGGCUGAUCACGCCGACUCCCAGUCGCAACUGCGGCGGGAUCUCUUCGCGGCGUUUGGUUCGGCGGUGGCGGAGAAGCGCGCCCCGACGGUCGAGGAGAUCAUGCAGACGUCGGUGCCGCUGCUGGACGCCACUAUGGAAGAGAUCCUCCGCUGCGGCGGGACCGUGCCGAUUGGGGACCGCGAGGCGAUCAGAGACACGACGCUGCUGGGCCACCGGAUCCCCAAAGGCACGCUCGUCUUCUUCCUGCACAACAGCCACAGUAUGCUCCUGCCGGCGCUGGACGUAGACGACAGCCGCCGGAGCCCGCGCUCGCUGGAGGCAAAGGAACGCGGGCAGACACGGUGCUGGGGGGACGAGGAUAUCGCGCAGUUCAGGCCGGGGCGCUGGCUGGUGCCAAAAGGCCAGGACGAUAGCGACGACACCAGUUUGGUGUUUGACGCCAAUGCCGGGCCCAACAUCCCGUUCGGUCUGGGAGUUAGGGCAUGCUUCGGACGGAGGCUUGCGUACGUCGAGUUUCGAAUCAUGUUGAUCAUGAUGAUCUGGCAUUUUGAGUUUCUCAAGUGUCCCGAAGCAAUGUCUGGCUACGCAGGGUGCCUUGCAGUGGUGAACAAGCCGCGGCAGUGUUUCGUGCGUCUUCGUAAGGUUGAUAUAUAGUGGGUGAGGGCGAGCACUGCGAGGUGGUGGGAACGCCGGGCCGCUCAUAGAUUGCGAGUGACACUACAUAGUAUACAUAAUGCUGCAUAUCAAGACCUUACCACUCGCCAAAUGGUGUUUUUGGUCAAACGGUCAAGAUAAGACAUGCUAACACAUAAUACCGGCGUGUCCUCUCAGAUCAAUAGAGAGAGGU